AUGCUACCGAGUAAGAUACACUGCUGUAGUGCUUCGGUGCGUCGUCCGUGGGUGUCGGAGUAUCUGACACGCAUGGGUGUUGCCCAUGGUGAUACCGCUUCUGCGCACCCACACAAGGGUUCAUCAGGGUGCAAGGCGCAGCCCGCUGAUUGCGGGGACAUCGCGGAAAGCGAGCUAGCUGCGAUACAGGAGCAAUACAGAGAGGCGCGCAAGCAGCUCCUGGUGGCGCUUCAUGUGCAGCCGUUUUCGUACGCAAAAGUUGUUGCACGUGCACGCGGCCUCUCUCACGCAAAACCCGACGACAUCUCUGACCUUCGUGGGCUUUGCAGCACUGACUAUGACUCCCUUGAUGACAACUCCACGCUCGAACCUGCUGCACGGCAGUCGGCGAGUUGCACAAGUGAGGCCGACGCGCCGCCCGCAGCGCCUGCGUCCGCCACUGCGGAGUCGGCUGAUGCCGGUCCUGCCCAGGAAUCGUCCUCGUCUGCCACUUGUGUUGCUUCUGCUGCUGGUGCUCCGGCAGCGGCGGUGGUACGUUGGCCGACUGUAUCGCAGAUGUCGAAGGCGAUAGAGCGCCGCAUCAUGGACUACCAACGUUUGUGGCGUGCUGCCAAUAUGCUGGCCAGCGACAGGUUGGGGUUGGGGGGGACGUGGUGUGCCUUGGCGUCUCCCACAAGUACAGCAGAGCCGACGUCUACGUCCUUCUUCAGUGGGGGCUCGCUUCCGUUUUUGCUGGCGACUAUACCGCACACGCUCGUCUCUGCAAUCGCCGAGCACGCCAUCCUUCACGCUUGGUAUGGCGGACCACACGUCUACCCCGAUGCCAAGUUACCAUGCCCCACUGCCCCCUUUGUCUUCAAAGACAGCCCCCUACUACGUGUGGAUGACGUGACGAGUCUCCAGUGGGACCGCGCGCAGGCGGCAAACUUCCUUGUCGAUGUGCUGCGGCAGCCCGCGGUUCAGAAGGAGCUUCGCCAGCGCCUGUGGGGCGCUGCACAGAACUGCCACCGCGGUGUUCUCCGAAGACUAGAAUCUCUUGCCCUGAAGAGGCAAGUGGAGGGUGCCUCCCAUGAGGCCGCUGAUGAUCGCCUCAUUCUGCUUGACGAGGUGCCAGGCAUGCCUUCACCGCCGUCCUUGCCCCUCCGUGAGCUGCGAGACGACUUGUUCAGCUUUGAUGAGCUCUUGUACUUUGUGCGCGUCUCGCCCUCAUCGUACGCGAAAUCUCGCCAGCAGCGGGUAGAAUGUGCGUCACUUCGGUCGACGCAUCUCUUCCGCUUCGUCUCGAGUCACGCGGACGUUGCAGCGGCGCUCAGCGAUCGGCCGCGCUCGAACGUCUCCGACGCGCUUUUCCGUGUUUCUCUCCGGAAUGGGGACACGAGCGCAAAGGCGAACUCCGCACCGGUGUUGCUGUCCACACGAGACAAGCUGUGGCUGCUCUUGAGUGAGAUGGUGCGGCUGCGGUACCUCGUUGCAUAUCUAUUAAACUUUGAAGUAAUGCUUCACCGGGUGCGAGAUGGCCACAGACAUUUGCAGCGCGGGCACCCAAAACCAAAGGAAGUGGACAGCGCCAGUUUCCCGGGUAACAGUAGCCCCGAGCAGCCGGAUGCGCAGGAUGCAGAAAACGCGAAGUGUGUUGCAGCUGUCUUCCACUUCCUCGACAUCCGGCUACACACGCGGCUGGCCGUUAGCCCGCACCACCGCCGCUUCUUGCGUCUUGCGCGGGUGCGUCACUGUGAACGGUCCGCGGCUCCGGAGCCGCCAGAGCGGACGACCGCCACCCAUGGGGCCACGGAUGCCGACAUGUGUGCCAGACGCGAGGGCCAACGAUACGCAACGGUCCAGGAGUUAUUCAGCGCGUUCUCGAAGGCUCUCGACGAAUCCACGACGCCACCGUCGCCACUGCCAACCACCGUCGCAUCUUACACGUCAUCGGCGAAAAGUGCCGACGAAUGGCAAGGUGCCGCAGAAAACGGCAAAGAGGCGAUGAGCGAGAGGCCAGACCACAAGCGUUGCAGGGGUGCUCGACAGAACGUAGCGCAAACAGGAAUAGCCUCAGGCGGACCAUUGUCACUUUCCCACACAGAUGCUGAAUUCCUCAAGGCCAUUGUGUCGGUGAGGCAUCAGGAUCAGCCACCGAGUUCAACCGGGCAAGGCACCCCAAUGAGAACCACCCGCGGCGGCGCUGUGACAUCUCCGUCUGCUAACCCCGGCGAGCUUCCGUGCAGCCGCGGCCCACCUGACAGACGAUGCCUCACUACUGAGAGGUCAACGACAUCUCUCCCGAAAUCGAGGCGAACCGCCAACGAUCCGCAUCCGUUUGUGGACGUUGUGUUUGAACGCAAACGCAACACGGCUAAAUGGCCCUUUCAGGCACUUCGGGCUCGCACGAACACAUCUAACUUCAAGGUUCGCCUCCGCUGCUCCCACGACGUCAGCAGCCAUGCAGCUGCGAUUUGUGUCCAGCUUUCAUGCACACAGGAAGCGGAUGAAAAGACGGAAAGGGUACCACUAUCGAGAAAAUCGGCUGCCGACUUGCUGCAGGAGUACCCUUACGUGACGCACGUAAACGAUACCUCUGCCAGAAAGCCGGACCGUGUUGUACGCUUAUUUCGCUCUGCUCACGUACUGAAGCUGCGACUCGCCAGGAGACCGCCGGACGCGUGA